UCAACGUGAAUUCCUUCCUGUCUCGCACAUUCAACAAAAGAAAAGGAAAUCCCAUUAAGGUUCCAUCUGAAAUCAUUUUUUAUUAGAUUUCUUCAUCAAACUUUUUCACACUUCCCAAACUACCCUUCCACUAUCUUCCCAUUAAAAAAGAAAUUUAAAUAAAUAACUCAUCUCAAUAAAAAACCCAAGGUUUUCUUCUCCCACCUCCAAUGGCUUCCAUGGCGACUCUCUUCGCCAAAACCCCUACCCCCUCCCAACCUCUCCCUAAAUCGUUAAAUACCCAUUUCAUCCCUAGGCUCAAACAUGCCGUCCUGGUUCGAACCGGGCCGAGAAGCCGCCGGAGCCUCCGGGUCUCGGCCAGUCUGAUCGAACCGGACGGAGGAAAGCUGGUGGAGCUGCUGGUGGAGGAGCGGCUGAGGGGGGAGAAGAGGAGGGAGGCGGCGGGGCUUCCGAGGAUCAAGCUGUCGCGGAUCGAUCUGGAGUGGGUCCACGUGCUCAGCGAAGGGUGGGCCAGCCCGAUUCGCGGCUUCAUGAGAGAGUCCGAGUUCCUCCAAACGCUUCAUUUCAACGCGCUGCGACUCGACGACGGGUCGUUCGUGAACAUGUCGGUGCCGAUUGUGUUGGACAUCGACGACGCGCAGAAACGCCGGAUCGGUGAAUCGACCCGGGUCGCCCUGCUCGACUCGGCCGACAAGGUCGUGGCGAUUCUUAAUGAUAUUGAGAUCUACAAGCACCACAAAGAAGAACGGAUAGCGAGAACCUGGGGAACCACUGCCCCUGGCUUGCCUUACGUCGAUGAAGCCAUAACCAAUGCCGGGAACUGGCUGAUUGGUGGUGAUCUCGAGGUCUUAGAGCCUAUCAAGUAUCAUGACGGCCUAGAUCGUUUCCGAUUGUCUCCAGCUGAACUCCGCGAGGAAUUCACAAAGCGCAAUGCUGAUGCAGUAUUUGCCUUCCAGCUUCGCAACCCUGUGCACAAUGGUCACGCCUUGCUGAUGACUGACACCCGUCGUCGACUUCUUGAGAUGGGUUACAAGAACCCCAUCCUUUUGCUCCAUCCUUUGGGAGGGUAUACAAAGGCUGAUGAUGUUCCGCUUAGUUGGCGAAUGAAGCAACACGAAAAGGUUCUGGAGGAUGGUGUUCUUGAUCCAGAGACCACUGUGGUUUCCAUAUUCCCAUCUCCAAUGCACUAUGCUGGUCCAACGGAGGUGCAGUGGCAUGCCAAGGCUCGGAUUAAUGCAGGGGCUAACUUUUACAUUGUUGGUCGAGACCCCGCUGGUAUGGGCCAUCCAAUUGAGAAGAGAGAUCUGUAUGAUGCUGAUCAUGGCAAGAAAGUAUUGAGCAUGGCACCUGGACUGGAGAGGCUUAACAUUCUUCCCUUCAAGGUCGCUGCAUAUGACAAAACUCAAGGUAAAAUGGCUUUCUUUGAUCCGUCAAGAGCUCAGGACUUCCUUUUCAUAUCUGGCACCAAGAUGCGAACGCUUGCGAGGAACAAAGAGAACCCUCCUGAAGGAUUCAUGUGCCCCGGUGGGUGGAAAGUGUUGGUUGAAUACUACGAUAGUUUGGCAGUCCCAGCGGAGAAUGGCAAAGUCCCUCAAGCCGUUCCGGCUUAGAUGAAUUUGUCUUUUGUUGUACCAUAUACUGCGACUGUCCUGCCAUCUGAUUGGGAGAAACCUUAAUUAAUGCUACUAUUCUCCUUUUGUGUUAAAAUCCAGGUUGCUAGAUGUUCUGUGUCCAGUUUUCUUAAUAAAAAGCAUGUGAGGCUUCUGGUGCAGAAAAUCAAAACUUAGCCUCAUUCUGUAAUUAGCGCCAAAAAUUGCAUCUUUGCACUAGUGCUGCAAUUUGUGCUUGAGGGCGCAUUGUAUCAUACUGGGGGUUUGUCUUCUAUAAAUGGGUUUGACUUUUUCCUA